UCCCGCUUGCACCCAAUGAACGUGUGGCUUUAGCGUCGCUGCCGUGGGGCCGCCCCUCGUGCACGCGCGCGUUGCGCGGCCCCUCUGCCCCCCUUCUCAGUACUCCAGUCAGUCAGAGAUCGUAGAGGGGACAUGGCGGAGGGUGAGGGAGUUCCGCCGCCGCUACCGCUCCCCCCGGCCAAGCGGCUGUGUUCACGGGCAAACCCGCCCUGCCAUCCUUCUCAGCAGCAGCGGGGACCGGCUGGAGCGGUGCGGCCCCAGCAGUAUCCUUUGUAUCAGCCCGAGUCGUUGCUAGACUGCGCUGCCAAGGCGGUGGCGGAGAAAUGGGCCUUCGAGCGGGUGGAGGAACGCUUCGAACGAAUCCCCGAACCAGUCCAGCGCCGCAUAGUCUACUGGUCCUUCCCCCGCAACGAACGGGAGAUCUGUAUGUACUCGUCUUUCCAGUACAGGGCUGAGGAGCCGGGCCCCGGGGCAGCGGGGAGCCCCUCCGGUCCAGCCUUUGGGGGAUCUGUAGCGAACGGACAGAACUCAGCCCUAUCCGGCCUGGGGAGUGGGGGGAACGGGGCCCCCGGGGCAAGUGAGGGACUGCCCUUCCGGCGAGGGAUACGACUCCUGGAGAGCGGCUGUGUGGAGAAUGUGCUGCAAGUGGGCUUCCAUUUAAGCGGCACGGUUACAGAGCCCGCCACUCAGUCGGAGCCCGAGGUUACCUACAAAGUGGCCAUAAGCUUCGAUCGCUGCAAAAUCACCUCGGUGACCUGUGGCUGCGGGAACAGGGACAUUUUCUACUGCGCCCACGUAGUGGCGCUCUCGCUGUAUCGCAUCCGCAAGCCGGACCAGGUGAAAUUGCGUCUUCCCAUCUCAGAGACCCUCUUCCAGAUGAACCGAGACCAGCUGCAGAAGUUUGUGCAGUACCUUAUCACGGCCCAUCACACAGAAGUGCUUCCCACGGCCCAGAAACUGGCCGAUGAGAUCCUAUCCUCAAACUCUGAAAUCAACCAAGUGCACGGAGCCCCCGACCCCACGGCCGGGGCAAGCAUCAAUGACGAGAAUUGCUGGCAUCUGGACGAGGAGCAAGUCAGAGAGCAAGUGAAGAUGUUCCUUUCUCAGGGAGGUUACUACAGUUCUGGGAAGCAACUCAACUCCAUGUUUGCCAAGGUACGGGAGAUGCUGCGCAUGAGAGACUCCAAUGGCGCCAGAAUGCUGACCUUGAUCACAGAACAGUUUAUGGCCGACCCUCGCCUGGCCCUCUGGAGACAGCAGGGCACUGGAAUGACGGAUAAAUGCCGGCAGCUCUGGGAUGAGCUCGGGGCUCUGUGGGUCUGCAUUGUGCUGAACCCCCAUUGUAAGCCAGAGGAGAAAGCGUGUUGGCUUAGACAGCUCCGGAAAUGGGGAGACAUGGAUGUGUGUCCUUUAGAGGACGGAAAUUACGGCAACGACCUUCCGAACAUCACAAAUGCACUCCCCCAAAGUAACGGUCACGAUUCUCUUGUAAGACCUCGACGGACUGUCUUUACUCGGGCCAUCGAGGGCUGUGACCUUCACUGGCAGGACAGCCACCUGCAGAGAAUAAUAAGCAGUGACUUUUACCUUUCCCCUUCCUACCAGAGAGAUGGGGAGAGCCUUCUUUUUAACUCCCAGGGCCAACCGCUGUGGCUGGAACAUGUGCCCACGGCGUGCGCGCGAGUGGAUGCUCUGCGCUCCCACGGCUACCCCAAAGAGGCGUUGCGCUUAGCAGUUGCCAUCAUAAACACCCUGCGUCUGCAACAACAGCGACAGCUGGAGAUAUACAAGCAGCAGAAGAAAGAAUUAAUUCAGAGAAAUGCGACCACGAUAACCAAUCUGGAGGGGUGGGUGGGGCAUCCCCUGGAUCCGAUUGGCUGCCUGUUUACCACCCUAACGGAGGCUUGCCGAUCAGAUGACGAAAACGCCAUGGAGAUAUCCGAGAGCAGUGAAUCGCAGCACCCGCUCUAUCAGCAUGUCUGCGUACCGAGCAACUCCCAAGAAAACGGCGAGUCCUACCUCUCCCUGGCGCUGGAGGUGGCUUUAAUGGGCAUGGGCCAGCAGAGGCUGAUGCCUGAGGGGCUGUACGCGCAGGACAAAGUUUGUCGCAAUGAGGAGCAGAUCAUCGGUCGCUUGCAGGAGCUGGAGCUUGACGCCGUGCUUGUGCAAACCCUUCGCAAGCAAUGCAUCCUACUGCUGGAAGGGGGUCCGUUCAGUGGCCUGGGAGAAGUCAUACACCGGGAGAGCGUGCCCAUGCACACAUUCGCCAAAUACCUCUUCACCGCCCUGCUGCCCCAUGAUGCCGACUUGGCCUAUAAGCUUUCACUGCGAGCCAUGAGACUCCCGGUGCUGGAAAGCAGUGCACCCUCGGGCGAUGUGUCUCACCCCCAUCAUAUGGUGUCUGUGGUGCCCAGUAGAUACCCUCGCUGGUUCACUCUGGGCCAUUUGGAAUCACAGCAGUGCGAGCUGGCUUCCACCAUGCUGACUGCUGCCAAAGGCGACAUGCUGCGUCUUCGGACAGUGCUGGAAGCCAUUCAACGGAACAUACACUCCUCCUCACUCAUAUUUAAACUGGCACAGGACGCUUUUAAAAUUGCCACUCCAGCCGACAACAGCUCCGACACCACUCUGCUCAACGUUGCCCUGGAGCUCGGCCUGCAGGUAAUGAGGAUGACUCUCAGUACUCUAAACUGGAGGCGGCGAGAAAUGGUCAGGUGGCUUGUGACCUGCGCUACGGAAGUUGGUGUACGUGCCCUGGUCAGCAUUCUGCAGAGCUGGUACACUCUCUUCACCCCUACUGAAGCAACCAGCAUCGUGGCGGCCGCAGCCACGUCCCAUAGCACUGUACUAAGGCUCAACUUGGACUACGCUCAGCGAGAGGAGCUGGCCAGCUGCGCCCGGACCCUGGCCUUGCAGUGUGCGAUGAAAGAUCCUCAGAACUGCGCGCUGUCUGCUUUGACCCUGUGUGAAAAGGACCACACAGCAUUUGAAACCGCGUAUCAGAUCGCUGUGGACGCUGCCUCGGGGGGGAUGACCUACUCACAGCUAUUUACUAUUGCUCGAUACAUGGAACACAGAGGCUACCCACUGCGGGCUUUCAAACUCUGCUCCCUGGCCAUGAGCCAUCUGAACCUUGCGUAUAACCAGGACACACACCCUGCCAUUAACGACGUACUCUGGGCCUGCUCGCUUAGCCACUCGUUGGGGAAAAAUGAAUUGGCGGCCCUCGUACCGUUGGUGGUAAAAAGUGUGCACUGUGCCACUGUACUGUCCGACAUCCUUCGUCGAUGCACUUUGACCGCUCCGGGCCUAGCCGGCAUCCCCGGAAGGCGAAAUUCUGGCAAACUGAUGUCGACGGACAAACCACCCCUGCGGCAGCUGCUUGAUGCGGCCGUCGGUGCCUACAUCAACACCACUCACUCGCGCCUCACCCACAUCAGCCCCCGGCACUACGGGGAGUUCAUUGAGUUUCUCAGCAAAGCCCGAGAGACGUUUUUACUCGGACAGGAUGGCUUGCUGCAGUUUGCCCAAUUCAUAGACAAUUUAAAGCAGAUCUAUAAAGGCAAGAAGAAGCUGAUGAUGUUGGUGAGAGAACGCUUUGGGUGAGGUCCCCUAUCCAACUGCAUUCCAAUUGUCCGUUUCCAAAACACAUCUGUGAAGAGCUCCCUUCCUGCUCCCGUGCGUACGUCGGUCCUAAUAUUCAAGGUGGUGAGCCGGGGCUGAUAGAAGAUAUCGCCUCUUUGCAUGAGACCUGCCAAGCAUUUCAC